ACCUGCUUUAACAUAACCUAACUAUUCAUAGUUCAAAUAUGAUCGAUCAUGCAGCAUGAAAACAUCGUCUAUCUUUGUCGGAUACAUGCAAAUUAGCAAUACAGUUUGUUUAGACAAUAAAAUUCUGUUUGUCUCUGUGUAACAUAUCAGAAACUUCAUUAAAUAUAUUCACAAAUCGCUGUCGUUUGUCUUUACUACAGAUUAAAAUGAUGACGUAAUCGUCAUCUUUCGUGAUUUCGACUAUAGAAUUAAAAUAUCUAUUCAUCUGUGCAAACAUCCAAUAUGGCGUCCAUAAUAAAAAAUAAAGUUGACGCUGGAAGACAAGAGACGAAACGUCACAUUGAAAUUCUAAUGACGGCAUCUUGUAGAGGAAAAACAGUCACAAUGUUAAUGUGCAAUUUAUUUUGAAACCUCAAUACAGAUAAAAUCAGGAAAAAAUAAAAUCGAUUUUGAGAAAAUUCGUUUUUUCCGUCUCUCUCUGGAAGUGAUUUGAAUAUCGAAACUUUUUAACUUGUAUUUUGUUAAUUACCUAAAUACGCAACUUUGCUCCCGCUACUUCGUAUCUCUUUCUGAGGUCCCAUGGUGACGGUCGAAUUUGAAACACCCGGUAUAGAUUAUAUAAAAAUACUAAAUCUUCGAUAAUGAAUCAGUUUUGAAAAGAAGGGCCAAAUUGCGGUGACUGCGGUUAUCAUUUUUUUUUUAUAAACCGUGAUCCUUAAUCUCGUAGGAAAAAAUCAGAAUAUACCAUUUUGCAAGGCAAAAUUUCCAUUUUCCUCUUCCUUUUUAUAAGUGCACGAAACUUCAUAUACUCAGGUAAAUUAAAGGGCUGAACAUGGAUGUGAGAGUAAAAAAUUGUAGGACACAAUGUGAUGAACAAAAUUGUUCGACAAAAGCCCUUCGUAAGCUCUAGCACUACAUUGACGUUGGAUUCGAAAGAGUAACCCCAAAACAGCAGGUUUUUCGCGUGUUGUUGUGUAUUGAGAAAAUGUUUUCCAGACCUUAAAUUAAUCGGUAUAAAUAUUAAAAAAGGCAUUACUUUUUGUUUUUUGAAAAUAUGCAGAAGCUACCGCUAUAUAGGAGUUGAAGUGCUUUCACCAGAAGGACGAAAUUAGAGGGGCUAGGACCUCUAUGCCGUCUGGGAGAACGGUUGCAACUGUCGGGGGAAGUCAAGGGUCUAGACUCCAAACUGACCUGGAUCCCUCACAUCAAACGUAUUAAAAGGAGAGCGGAGUCCAAUGGCAAAACAUGGGGAUUGAGCCCUUUCAUGAUGCACUGCACCGAUAUAAUAUGUAAUGGUAGGGGAUUCGAGAAUGGGCUACUCCAGGCUACAGUCACAGCCAAAGAGAAGAUAAUGAGGACCACGGUCAUAACCAAACAAGGAAACAUGUAGAAAGUGACAUACUUAAUGCGAGGACCACAUAGCUCCCAGAGUUGUAUUCAAAAAGAACUUUGAGACCAAAAUUGGAGAUCGAGCAAAACAUCAAAGUCUCAACCUCUAAAUUGCCUGGUACACUGACGGGUUACAAGCUGAGCAGGGGACAGGUGCAGGUUUAUAUGGGAGCAGGUGCAAUCCUGGGCGUAGUAUACCACUCGGAGACACACCUUAGUAUUUCAGGCCGAACUGUAUGCAAUCUUGUCCUAUGCAAGAGCAUAACAAUGAUAGGAUCGUCAUAUACACUGACAGUCAGGCGUCAAUCAUAGCGGUAAGAAGUCCUAGAGUAACAUCUGCACUGAUCUGGGAAUGCCAACAAAAACUGAACACACUGGCGUAACCCUGAUUUGGGUCCCAGGAUACCUAGGUAACGCGGGAAUUAGCUCGCACAUCCUAUACAUGCCCAGAACCUGCCUUGGAGGUGCCUAAAGGCACAAUAGCGAACCAAGUCAAAUGGGUAAGAAACCAGCACAAGGCACGCUGGCACUUAGGCCCAUAUCGUCAGUCGUCCCUACAAUUGUAGGGCGCGUUUAUGGCCUCCUUGAUUGUCAUAGUUUUCUACUUCUCCGUGUCAGAGCUCUAUUUUGAGGUUAUGUCACAAACAUCUAUUUGCAUCAAAUUGUGCUUGCUUUUGAGUUAUAUCAUGUUUUAUCAGCCUGAAAUUUCCUACAAAAGGAAAACAUAUCUUAACAAUAGGAGAGCGCUGAUGCUGACACGGGACGAGUGUAAUCUAGAAAUUUUUGAAGGAGAGAAAAGAGUAUGACAAUCAAGGAGGCCAUAAACGCGCCCUACAAUUGUAGGGACGACUGACGAUACGGGCCUUAGUGAAUGGAUGUAGGCAUGGGAAAGAAUUCAUGCUCGCAAUGGGUAGAAACCAACUCCGCGCAGCCACAGGGCUUCUAACAGGUCACAAUGGCAUGGCCUGAAAGAGCACCUGAGACUGUACAGUGGAUACCUUAGCUGCAGACAAUGCGGAAACGGUAUAUAAUAGGCGCUACAUGUCUUUUAAGUGUGAGGUGCUGUAUCACAAAAGACACAAUAAACUCAUGUAUGGCCCAAGAGAGGUGAAAAAAAAAACAGGCAAACGCAGCAAACAAAUGUGAAACUUCCAUAUAUGGAGAUAUUGUUUGGAGAUUACUUCAACAGUUGUUAAGAAAUUAACGCUCAUCAAGUUUAGUCGUUCAGAACCACAAGUGCCUCAAAGAGGUUGAAAGGGGUGGAAAUACAAGUGGGUAUAGAAAAUCAGAGACGCUGCCUAUUGGUUUAAAAAAAUCAUGUUAAUAAUGAAAUUGUUUAAGUACGCAAAAUUUACGCAACCAAUUUAUCAAGGAUUCGAAUUUUCAUCCAGACCACCCAUUUUACAACAUCUCGUAUCACUCACACGCACCUCCGGGUAGGUGAUCUAAGAAUGUAAACUAAUUUAUCUAUGACUAGUAAAGGUCUAUAUAAUAAACAUAAAGCUGAAUGGGUACUAAAUAUUUACGUGAUCAAAACAAGUAUAUGCAUCAACUACAACCGAACACAUACAUACCAUACCACAUGUCUGUAUACAUUCGUCAGUUAACCGCUGGCGACCUGACAAUAUAAAAUGAUGUUAAGUGCGUUAACCCAAUUUGUUAUACUGUAAUUUUGAUGAACAGUGUACCUUAAAAGUCUGUAUAUCCUAUUUAUACAAUUAAAGCAAUGGACGAUGGACGGCCAUUUGGCAACAAAAUGCAACUUUUCUGCCAAAAUAACUACAACCUAACCAUUAAACCAGACGGAGAAGUAUUGGGCACUGGCGACGACACUGACGAGAAUAGUCACAUCGAAAUAACUCCAGGAGAUGGACCUGGACGCGUUCGAAUUCAUGGGGUUAAUAGUAACCUUUACCUUUGCUUCUGUAGUGAUGGGAAAUUAUAUGGCGAGUGUGAUCCAUCAAACGAGGCAACGAUAUUCAUAGAGAACUUCUUGGGACUGUAUACAACGUAUGCUUCGUCGGUUUUCCCAGAGUGGUACGUAGGGAUAAAGAAAAAUGGCCUACCAAAACCAGGAUAUAAGACGAAAUUAGGACAGAAAGCUACUAGAUUUUUACCUAGGAGACUGACAUGAAUUUAUGACAAACUUGUAAACUUGUUAUAAAGCUCAUUUUACAGAAA